CUUUGUCCAUGCACGGGCCGGUCAUUGGUCAAGUCUUCCUUUGACGGCAUACUUUGAGUACGUUCACCGGCAGGCAGGCGGUAAUAGCAACAGUCGUCGGCCAUGAUGUUUCGUCCCAAUGCGAAUUCUGCUACUGCCUAGUGUCAGUAGACUAGAAUGGGCAAUGCUGACUACGCGCUGGCUCGUGCAUGAAUCACGAGCUCCCGCGCCGAUCUGCUUGCAUCUGUCGAAACAUUUCAUUUAUUAUGACCUCUACGAUGUAUCUCUCUCUAGAUUGUUCCGGCCGGUAUAAAUAGGCCCAGGGGAUUUGGCUAAGAUAUCCAUCCACAAAUUAACCAUUAAUUCCGCCAAGGGACCAAUAAUAAUCCUAAGUCCAAGACGCUCUCCACCUGCAUAUAUAUAUUGAUGAGUAGUAAGUAACGACGUCCACUAUACAUCCACAGCAAAGCAAGCUAGCCAUAGCCAAUACGAAUAAAGAGAUCAUGAACUCUACAAUACCCAAGUCCAACCCCACGGCAGCCACCAUGGCAUCGCCCCUUGCCGCUGCAAUGGCUGCCACCUUGUUCCUCAUCGUCGCGUUGUGUACAAAGGCCGUGUACAAAGGCAAUAAGGCCGUGCACAAAGAAGGGCGCGGUCUGCCACCGGGCCCCGCGGGGCUCCCCGUGGUGGGCAACAUGCACCAGAUGCUGGCGAGCAAGCCGGUCUUCCGGUGGCUGCACGAGCUGCUCAAGCUCAUCAAGGAAGAGAUCGUCUGCGUGCGGCUGGGCCCCGUGCACGUGGUGGUGGUGGCGUGCCCGGAGAUGGGCCGUGAGGUGCUCCGCAGGAAGGACGCCGUGUUCGCGGACCGGCCCACGACGUUCGCCGCCGCGUCCUUCAGCGUGGGCUACCGCAGCGUCAGCAUCUCCCCCUACGGCGACCAGUGGAAGAAGAUGCGCCGCGUGCUCACCUCCGAGAUCCUCUCCCCGUCCGCCGAGCACCGCCUCCGCGGCGCCCGGCAGCAGGAGGCCGACCACCUCCUGCGCUACGUUAAGCUCCAAUGCAGCAGCAGCAGCAACGGCGGCAUCAUCGUGGACGUGCGCCACGUGGCCAGGCACUUCUGCGGCAACGUCAUACGGAGGCUCGCCUUGGGGCGACGCCAUUUCCGUGACGCUGCCAUGGUGGGGCCGGGGCCGGGGCCCGACGAAGAGGAGCACGUGGACGCGCUCUUCGCCGUGCUCAACUACCUCGACGCCUUCUGCGUCUCCGACUACUUCCCGGCGCUCGUCGGCCUCGACCUGGACGGCCACGAGAAGGUCGUCAAGGGCGUGAUGAGGACGCUCAACCGGCUGCACGACCCCGUCAUAGAGGAGAGAGUGGAGGAGUGGCGGCUGCUGCGGAAAGCCGGCGCCGGGCGGCGCGACGUCGCCGACUUCCUCGACGUGCUCGCCUCCCUUGACGCCGCGGAUGGGAGCGCGCUGCUCACCGUGGAAGAGAUCAAGUCUCAGACCAUUGAUAUCAUGAUUGCCACCGUUGACAACCCGUCAAACGCGGUGGAGUGGGCGCUUGCGGAGAUGAUGAACAAGCCGGAGAUCAUGCGCAAGGCAACGGAGGAGCUCGACACCGUCGUGGGCCGUGACCGGCUGGUCCAAGAAGGCGACAUCCGGGGCCUCAACUACCUCAAGGCCUGCAUCCGCGAAGCGUUCCGGAUCCACCCGUACCACCCGCUGAGCCCGCCCCGCGUUGCCAUGGCCGACACCACUAUCGCCGGUUACUCGAUCCCCAAGGGGAGCCAGGUCAUGCUGAGCCGCAUCGGCCUCGGUCGGAACCCCAAGGUGUGGGACGAGCCGCUGGAGUUCCGACCGGAGCGGCACCUGACGACGGACGAUGCUGACGUGACGCUCAGCGAGCCGGAGCUGCGGUUCGUGUCGUUCAACACGGGGAGGCGAGGCUGCCCGGGGAUUUCGCUUGGCACGGAAAUCACCAUGAUGCUUUUUGCCCGGCUCCUCCAGGGGUUCGUCUGGACCAAGCCGCCUGGUGUCGAUAGAAUUGAGCUGCGAGAGGCUGACACGAGCCUGGUGUUGGCUCAGCCGUUGCGUCUGCAGGCUGAGCCACGGCUGCCGGCUCAUCUCUAUCUAUGAGGCCAUGUAGGACGGUUUUGCCCGAGAACUACAGAAAGAAUAAUGUUCCUGCCUAAUGUGACCUGUGAUGCAAAGUUAAAAUAGUGUGUUGGAGACGCUCGGUAGAAUAAUGUUAACGUUUUUCUUUUGUUUGCGAGGUUGUAAUGAAUAAUGUUAAUGUGUUUCUUCUCCGCUGCUUGUUAGGUCCUUUUUGUUUUAUUCGUUACAACAAGUUCAUUUUCUUAGAAACACAAUUCUAUUCCUA